AUGGCCGACGGGAAGGACCUGGGCGCCGCGGCGGCCGCGGAACCCGACCCCGAUGAAGGGCAGCCGGAUCUGGAAGAGGAAGGUGAGCUCGAAGCCGCCGCCGGCGGCGGCGAGGAAGAAGAGGACGUCGACGUCGACGGCCUCGCCAGCUUCCUCGAAUUCGAGAUCCUCUCCGGAUCCAGCGAGGAAGAUCCUCUCGACCAGCUGGAGGAGGGCGAGGAGGAGAAGGAGACGGGGGUGAACUAUGAGGCGAAGAACGGUAAGAGGAAGCAAGAUUCGCUGUCGGACGGAGAUGGCAGCGGCAGCGAGGACGAGCAUCAGAAGAGGGCGAGGAAGGAGAAGGGAAAAGGAAAGGUUUUGGCAGAGGGGCCGCCUCAGAUUGACACGGGCAUGUUCACCAACGUCCCCCCGGAGCUGUUCCUGCAGAUCUUCAAGUUCCUCUCCUCGGAGGACCUCAUCUCGUGUGCCCUUGUGUGUCGCUUCAUGAACGCCGCCGCAUCUGACGAGACCCUUUGGCGCCGCUUGUAUUGUAUGAGGUGGGGCCUGUCCUCUAAUGCUACCUCUAACGCAAAACUCAGGGAGUGUGCUUGGAAGAGCCUCUACAUUCAGCAAGACAGAGAAGAUAUGGUUGAAUUCGUGAGAUAUACCCCUACAGAAUUCAAAGAGUACUAUAUCCAGAUGCAGGCUGCAAAAAGGAGUCAGGCACCCCUUCCCUCAGAAGUUAACGACGACAAGAUUGUUCUUGAUAAGACAGUAGCUGAUCAGGUGUCUAGUUGGAAAAGCCGCAGAGGCCUUACCGAUGAUGCAGUCAAGGGGCAUUCUUGCUCCGGAAGUACUUGCUACUAUAAGCAGAUUGGUGAUGCUUAUAUCUGUGAGAAGACUGGUCGUGUACAUGUCUGCGAUGAUGCCUGUCGUGAAUUUGUCUUGGACCAAGCUAGCGGGUUACUUGUCUGUACGAUAUCUGGGCACUGUUUUGAGAGAUUUUUAUGUCCUGAUGAUGAGUGGGACACUUGUGAUGCUGAUCAGCAGCAAGGUGGCGUGACUGAUGAAGCAGAGCCAUUCAUGGGAUCUGGACGAUUUGCACGAGCUUAUCAGUUGGGUUACAGCUGUGCCGACGAGAAGGAACUUGAGCACGCUUUGCGGUUCUGCUGA